UUAAUUCGGCCGGUUUAGCCGCAAACGCAUGUGUACCGCCGCCGCCACCACCGCCACCGCCGUCGUCAUAACCACCGCCCGCGACUGUGUGUGUGUAUCGGCAACGCACGCACGCACUACUUACCCGUCGUCGUCGUCGUCGUCGUCGUCGACGCCGCCGCCGCCACCACCACCACCACCACCACCACCGCCACCACCGUCGUAGUAGUCGCCGUCGUCGUCGUCGUCGUCGUCGACCGUGGUCGCCGCCCGCCACCGCAUAGUAUUAUUAUUAUUAUUAUUAUUAUUAUAGUAUGGUGUUGUGCGUGUGUAUUGUAUUAUAGUUGUAGUAGUGUUCGCCGUUUAAUCGACGCGACGAGUUUACUUGUCCGUGCGGUGCGCGUGUCAUAAUAUUAAUAAUAAUAAUAAUAAUAAUAAUAAUAGUAAUAUUAUCGUCGUGUCUCGUUCGAGAGAUCUAUGAGAGAUCAAAUUCCUUGUUUUCCGACGAUACGUUUAUUUUUUUUUUAUUUUUUUACCGAUAAACGAGUGUCGCAAUAAAAAUAUUAAUAACCCGGUGCCGUGUUGUUUUGUUUGUUUUUGAGUUUUUCGAUUUUUCACUUUUGGUGUUCGUGUGUAUGUGAGUGUGAAGUGUGUUUGUGUGCGUGUGUUGUGUCAGUUAGAGACGGUCUGUAUGUAAUCGUUCACACGGCUGUCCUCCGUCGCCGUCGACAGUCUUUGAAAAUUUAAGGAAUAAAUUAUCCUUUUCGAGUUUUGAGUACCGUCAUGAUGAUUUAUAUCGUAUAAAAUCGUCGAAAACCGUCAUCCGGCGUGUGCGUGCGCUCCGCCGCCGCCGCAGCCGAUUCGCUUUAUCUCGGUUUACCACGGCGACCACCUCGGACAACGAUUACAAAUGAAACAUUGGCGUUAUGAACUGACGGGAUGACGGAGAUCCGUUGGCUAUCAGGAGGUGGUGCUAGCGUCAAAAUGGAGCAUCACUUCCAAGCUGCGCUGGAUCCACGUAAACAAGAAUUACUGGAAGCCAGGUUCAUCGGCGCACGAAUGUCGGCCGGGACUCAGCUGCAGAUGGCUCCGCAGGCUGGCCAAAUGCACCUACCACACCCUCAACCGGGGAGUACUAUUCAUAGCCAAGACUCGAAUAUGAGUACAGGUUCGUCGCACAGCGAUAAGGAGCAGGACACUCCGGAAAAAGCCAACAGUAUCACCCGCACGCCUACCGAGCGCAAGCGCAAACGGAAAAUAGACGAUAUAGCUAGCAACAAGCAACAGCAGCAGCAGCAACCGCAACCACCAAACAUGGUGGUUGGGGGGCCCCCUCCACCACCGCCAAGGUCGGUCGCCGACACCAAGAAAAUAAACGACUACUUCACCAAGCAUGGCGCCCAUCCCGUGUCCAACCCGAUAAGACACGGCGGGGCCAAGUCACCGUCGCCAGGCGGACCGCCGCAACAAGGUUACCCCAUGUUUAAUCCGGCGAGUGGGCCUCAAGCAUUGAGUCCCGUACUGACUCCGGACUAUGUUUCCAUACUCCACCCACCUAGGAUUAACUCUAGUUCCAUUACAAAAUGUAUACAGACUGAUUUAACGAGUCAUGCAAUCCAAGAGUUUGAAUGUCAGGCUUCUUCGGAUUUGGAACUCAGAAAUAAUAAAAUUGAUGAUUUGAAUAGGACAAAUGAAGAACUGAAACACCAAUUAAGCAGUCAACAGAAAACAAUCGAGCAGCACAAGUCGCAUAUAAAUAAGUGCAUUGAAGUGGUGAAGAAGCUGUUGAAAGAAAAGUCAAAUAUUGAAAAAAAAGAAGCAAGACAACGGUGUAUGCAAAACAGACUUCGACUUGGUCAGUUUGUAACGCAAAGGGUUGGUGCACAAUUUCAAGAAAAUUGGACUGAUGGCUAUGCAUUUCAAGAAUUGUCUAGAAGACAAGAAGAAAUAACAUCAGAAAGAGAAGAGAUUGACCGACAAAAAAAGAUGCUGGUCAAAAAGCGGCCAUCAAAUAGCGAAACUGGUGGACGCAAACGAGCUAGUAGUCAGUCGGGUACAGGAAGUAGUAGUUCGAGUACUAACAGUGUACCUAUCAAUUCAACACCCUCAGUUUCUACACCACCCAUAACGCUACCCAGUGCAAGUAUCAACAAUAACCAAGUGACUGGUGCUACGACAGGUACGGUCUUGCACAAUGGUACUGUAGCCCCAUCGUCCGCAUUGGACACAGCAACGUUCCUAAAGCCAGAAGCUGUUCCGGGUUUAUCGUGGCAAGAGUAUUAUGAAGCAGAUGAGAUACUCAAGUUGCGACAGUCAGCAUUGAAAAAAGAAGAUGCUGAUUUGCAGCUAGAAAUGGAGAAGUUGGAGCGAGAGAGAAAUUUACACAUAAGGGAACUGAAAAGGAUUCAUAAUGAAGACCAAUCUAGGUUCAACAAUCACCCUGUGUUAAAUGACCGUUAUUUGUUGCUCAUGUUGUUGGGGAAAGGUGGCUUCAGUGAAGUCCACAAAGCGUUUGAUCUAAAAGAACAACGUUAUGUAGCAUGUAAGGUUCACCAACUGAAUAAAGACUGGAAAGAGGAUAAAAAGGCUAAUUAUAUAAAGCAUGCACUGCGAGAGUACAAUAUUCAUAAAUCUUUGGACCAUCCAAGGGUUGUUAAAUUGUAUGAUGUGUUUGAAAUAGAUGCAAAUUCGUUUUGCACUGUACUUGAAUAUUGUGAUGGACAUGAUUUAGAUUUUUAUUUAAAACAGCACAAGACGAUAGCUGAACGAGAAGCUAGAUCAAUAGUUAUGCAAGUGGUAUCCGCACUUAAAUAUUUGAAUGAGAUCAAACCUCCUGUGAUACAUUAUGAUUUAAAACCUGGAAACAUAUUACUAACUGAAGGUAAUGUCUGUGGUGAAAUAAAAAUCACAGAUUUCGGCCUUAGUAAAGUGAUGGAUGAAGAAAAUUAUAAUCCAGAUCAUGGAAUGGACCUAACAUCACAAGGAGCUGGAACAUACUGGUAUCUGCCACCAGAAUGUUUUGUAGUUGGUAAAAACCCACCUAAAAUAUCAUCCAAAGUUGACGUUUGGAGCGUUGGUGUAAUAUUUUAUCAAUGUCUGUACGGCAAAAAGCCUUUUGGUCAUAAUCAAUCUCAAGCUACAAUUUUAGAAGAAAAUACAAUAUUAAAGGCUACUGAAGUACAGUUCGCUAACAAACCUACCGUCAGUAAUGAAGCGAAGAGCUUUAUUCGUUGCUGUCUUGCAUACCGUAAAGAAGAUCGUAUUGAUGUGUUCACCUUGUCUAGGCAUGAAUACCUACAACCACCUUUACCAAAACAUGGCCGUCAGUCAGCCAACAAUCAACAACAGCAACAACAACAACAACAACAGCAGCAGCAACAACAGCAGCAACAAAUAUCAGCUGCUAAUUUUGCAUCUGGCAUGUUUGGUAACAUGAAUGCAUCUAGUUCAUCCUAAGACCAAGAUAGUUAACAAUAAUUACUAAAUAAUUAUAUAUAAUAUUAUGUGAACGGACAAUAUGUUAAACACGCCUUGUGCCAUUUGGAUUAAAUUAUUUGACCAAAUAAAAUAUGGUGUUCACAAACGGCCUUAGGAAAUUUUAAUUGAAUGAUCAUUAUUAUUAUAAUAUUAUAUGAAUGUACUAGUCAAAUCGUUUUUGUCACUGCUGCAAAUGAGUUCCUGAGUACAUUUAUGAUUAUGUUUUACUAUUACCUAAAAUUAAAAUAGUGAUACUUGUUUUAGAAUCACCUGAUUCUUGCGGAACACAAUUUUAACUGUACUCUGUACACACUACGAAAGUAAGAUUAGAUUUUGAUAAAAAAAAUGUGAAAAAGAAUGGAAGCUUUAAUUUAUAUACUAUUUUCUGCGAAUACCUAAUAUGUUAGAUUUCAUUAUAAUGAUAUAAUUGUCCCAUCAUCACAAUUUAUUUUUAUUUUUUGCUUUGUACAGUUUCACCAUUAUAAUUAUUAUUUUUUUUGUAUAUAUAUUUGUAUAAAAAUAUUUGUAUAUAUUAACUGAUUUUUUUUUUUGUAAAUGACAUGUGAAUUCGAUAUAAGAAUUUCGACGAUAAAAUGUUAUUUAGUUUGUUUAUUGUUAACACAAAAAUGUUUAUUUUGUUGUGAUAAAAAAAAAAAAAUACGCGAAAAGAAAUUGUGGAGAAAAAGAAAUAUUAAUAUAUAAUAAUAAUAAUAGUUUUUCCUUAACAUUUGGAAAAAUUGAAAGGCGGUUUUUUUUCGAGCCAAUGAGACUUUAUAAUUAUUAUUUUAGACACACUAGAUUUGUUGUAAGGUUUAUUACUAUCUUUAGUAAUAACAAACAUUGUAUAAUUAUUAUUGAUACUAUUAUUAUUACUAUUAUAAAAAUAAAAGAAAAGUGAAUUUAAAAAAAAAAUGUGUAUCUAAAUCUUUUUUACUCAAAUGUGUACCCUAUUUAUGUUCAAAUUAUUGUUAUUAUUAUUAUUUUUUGUCAAUAACACUUUGUGUUUGGUUUUGUUUUUUUUCCAUUCAAUAAUGUUCUUAAUAUUAUUUUUAUGAUUUUAAUAACUACUUGGAUGUGUAAUUAAUAAUAAUAAUAAUAAUAAUAAUGAUAUUGAUAAAAAAAAAAAUCCAACCAUUUAAUAAUAUAUUUCAAACAAUAAUUAUAGUUAAUUGACUAUUGAUAUAUGAAAUGCAUUAUUUGGUAACUAAUUAAAAAUAUUAAUUGAUAUUAGCAAUAUUAUUGUUUUAAAUUGUGUGUUUACAAUAGUAAUAUAAUGGCCAUACUGAGUGUGAUUAAAGUCAAUAUUUUUAAAUUAGGUUUUGUUAAGUUAUUGUAUAAUAUGUAAUGGCCAAUCUAGUCAAACAUAAAUUAACAGUUUAUUGGAAACCACAAAGAAGAUAAUUUCUGAUUCAACGUAGUAAAUAAGAUAAAAUUGUUGAAAAUUGUAUCAUAUUUCUAUUGGCUAUUAAUUUAUAUCUAUUAAACAAACCAUUAUUGAUUCUUCAAAAUAAAUGAUGAAAACAAUAUAUGAAUUUACUGGAAGUAAAUAAAAACAGAUCUAUAUUGAAA